AUUUUUGCAUCAUGUAUAAAUUUUUAGUGUACCUUUUCGUAUUAUCAAUUUACAUAUAUAUACCAGUUUGGUCUCAAGAAAAAAAAGAAACGUAUACCGAAUUGAGCCACCCUUAUGGAGACGAAACAGUGACAGAUUGUAACAUGAAGGACUCAAGCACAAAUUUAGCAAUUUGUAGUGAUGAUGAGGACGACGAGGAUCAGCUAGUAGGAAAAUGUCCAAUAAAUCUCAAACAAGAAGGUUUUUUCAACCCGUACACCAAGUGCUCGGACACGCUCUACGCCCCGGAGAACGAACUGAUCUUCAGCACCACCAGCAUCGCCCUGCCCGAGGUACAGUGUAAAAAGUGCGAUCUCCGAUUAACACAGGACGGUCAGGGUGUGAUUGUGGAGUGUUUCUCUUGCUUCGAAAUACCGAAAUCGGGACCGGCGAGCAGAAUUGAGAAGGACGUGAUUUACAAGGCGUAUUACGUGCAAGUGGCAAAUUACACCACCGUGGAAGUUGCCGGCCAGGAGAACUUCUGACCGGUUGUCUUAGUUGCGUAACGUUGCGUUAUGUGUGUUGGGGUUAUGUUCAGGCGGUGAGGCCGCUAUUUAUUUCCAUUUAAACAAGCAAGCGCCACAGCAAUAAUGUUCUACCGCAAUGUAGCCAGAUUUGUGAGGGCACGUUCGCCCCUAAAAACCUCUCUCCGCACCCGCACCGACCUGGAAACUUUGAAAAGCAAUGGCCUCUUUAACAUUUCGGACAUAAAGGGCUUCGCCGUCGGACAAACCGUACACGGUUUCGAAGUGAAAGAGAUCAAAUCUGUUCCGGAAUUUGCCCUCACCGCCGUCUUCCUCGAACACACCGCCGUCAAAUCACAGUAUUUACACGUAUACCGCAACGACUCGAACAACGUGUUCUCGAUAAAUUUUAGAACGACGCCAAUGAACAGCUCUGGUUUGCCGCACAUACUUGAGCACACAGUACUGUGCGGUUCCGAACAAUUCCCAGUUAGGGAUCCAUUUUUCAAAAUGUUGAACAGGUCUUUGGCGACGUUUAUGAAUGCUAUGACCGGUUCCGAUUAUACAAUGUAUCCGUUCAGUACGCAGAACGAGUCCGACUACAGAAAUUUGCAGAAGAUUUAUUUGGAUGCGGUGUUCAAACCAAAUCUAAGCGAGUACGAUUUCAUGCAGGAAGGCUGGCGUUUAGAGAAUAAAGAUUUGAAAGAUGCGAAAUCCCAGCUGAUAAUCAAGGGAAUUGUUUACAAUGAGAUGAAAGGCGUUUUCUCUGAAAACGAGAACAUUUUCGGGCAGAAACUCCAAAACCUAAUACUUCCUGAUCACACGUACGGCGUGAUUUCGGGCGGAGAUCCUCAAAAAAUACCGGAUCUGACCUGGGACGAUUUAAAACAAUUCCACAAAGACCACUAUCAUCCCAGCAACGCCCGAUUCUACUCCUACGGCAACUUCCCAUUGUCCACCACACUACAAUACAUAAAUGACAAUUACCUCAAUAAAUACGAAUAUCAAGAACCCAAACACACCGAAGUACCCAGACAAAAGAGAUGGUCCAACGCCAAACGUGAGCAUAUCCUGGGGCGAUUCGAAAACAUGCGUGAACCGUUCGAAAAACAGAACACGUUAUCCAUAUCACUGCUCCUCUCCGACAAUACAGAUAUCUACACAACAUUCCUGAUGCAAUUCGUUACUGAACUCCUGAUCAAGGGACCAAAUUCUCCGUUUUACAAGUCCAUGAUUGAACCGAAUUUCUCCGGCGGUUUCACUUCGUCAACCGGCUUCGACAACCAACCCAGAGAUUGCAUUUUCACGGUGGGUCUUCAAGGUUUAACCAAAGAUGAUUUCGACAAAGUUGUGAAAAUUUAUGAUGACACCAUUGAUGAGGUUGUAAAUAAGGGAUUCGAUGAGAAACAAAUAGAGUCUGUUUUACAUAGAUACGAGCUCUCUAUAAAACACGAGACAAACAAUUUCGGUUUGGGACUACUGUUUAGCAUAUCUGCAUUGUGGAAUCACACCGGAUCAAUAAUUCAAUCUUUACAAGUGAAUGAUUUGAUUAAUAGGUUGAAAACCGAAAUAGACAAAGAUCCGCAAUACUUACAGUGCGUAGUGCGACAAUACUUUAAAGACAACAAGCAUAAACUGAUCUUGAGCAUGUCACCGGAUCAAAAUUUUGAAAAAAAAUCUGAAGAACUAGAGAUGAGUUUAAUUCAGUCAAAGACCAAAACUUUAAAAGAAGAGGAAAAGACGUUGAUUUACGAAAAAUGUUUGAAACUACAAGAGCAACAGUCAAAACCAAUCGACACGAAUUUAUUGCCGACGUUAACAAUGGCUGAUAUUUCUAGUGACGUCGAGAGGAUCCCAAUGGAACACACAACGCUGCACCAUGUACCAACUCAGAUCAACAAAGUUAGCUCUAAUGGCAUCGUUUACUUCCGGGCACUGAUGAAUACUGUAGCUCUUACGCAAGAACAACAAAUGCUUUUACCUCUAUUUUGCUAUGUUAUUGGAAAAUUAGGCACUGACAAACUGGAUUAUAGAGAAUUCGACAGUUUAGUAAAUCGUAAGACUUCGGGACUUAGUUUUGCUGUUCAUAUUGGUGAAAGUCUUUAUCACCUACACUCAUACGAACCUGGCAUUUUGCUUUCGAGUUACUGUUUGGAGAAUAAUGUGUUAGACAUGUGGCGUUUGUGGGAACAGCUUUUUUCAAUUUCUGAUCUAAAAGAUGUAUCUAGAUUCCAAAUGCUUACACAGUUAUAUAUGAGUCAGCUAACGCAAGGAUUAGCGGAUAUGGGACAUGUAUAUGCGAUGCAAGCGGCGUCGGGCUUAGUUUCCGGGUCUGCGUAUCAAGCAGAAUUACUCAACGGAUUACAGCACAUUACUUAUAUGAAGAGGUUAUUGCACACGUCCAACUACAAGGCGAUCUUGGCUGAGAUUGUGACUAUAGCUAAAGUCUUAUUCGAUAAAAAUAAAAUGAGAGUGGCGUUGAACAUCUCACCGGAAAGCGAAAGCACCAUCGUUAAAGGGUAUCAGGAGUUCCUGCGCAACUUGCCUGCUAUAAACGACACUCUAUCCAUCGAAAAUUCGUACAUAACUGGCAAAGUUUGGGCGCCAACUGACUCUGUUCACUGUCAACAUCAUGUCCUCAACGUUCCUGUAAAUUAUUGUAGCAAAGCUAUAUUGACGUCUCCAUAUUCAAGUCCGGAUUAUGCCAAACUGCGUGUCUUGGCUCGACUUUUAACAUCCAGAUAUCUGCAUGGUGAACUAAGAGAAAAACAAGGCGCGUACGGUGGCGGUGCCAGAGUAACAAUGGAUGGUGUAUUCGCCUUCUACAGUUACAGAGAUCCAAGAAACCUGGAAACGUUGGAUGUGUUCGAUAGAUCUAACGAUUGGUUGCGUACAAAUAUUUGUAAAGUAACGGACCAAGAGGUUCUGGAGGCUAAACUAGGCGUUUUUCAAGCUAUCGACGCUCCGGUACCGCCCAGUAAAAAGGGCUGCGAAGAAUUCAUGCGCAGAUUGACGCCGGACGUACUGCAGAGACAUCGGGCAGAAGUUAUGACUGUGGAUGCUACGGGAUUGAAAGAAGUGGCGGAGAAGUAUUUAGGAGAUGAUAAUAUACUGAAGACGGGUAAAGUGAUAUUAGGACAAAAGAAUGAGAAGAUGGAUCUUAGCAAAAGGGCCGGAGAACUUUGGACUGUGAUUGAUACCGUGUGAUAAAUUGCUUCACAUCCUUUCUCGCUUCAGUUAUAUUUAUUGUUCAGUAAUAUAUAUAUGUUACAGUUAUAA